CAUGUUGAAGCCUGAUAUGACAUGCCUCCAUGUCAUAGAAAACCUCACGACCAUGGCUGGUCCAGCGCCCGAUUCUCAUCAUGAGCUUUAUAAAAAUGCUCGCAGGGCCAGCUUGUCUUCACCUAAAGGAACAUCAAGCCUUGAUAUACUGCUGCAGAUGGGAUUCUCUAGACUGCGGGCAGAAAAAGCCAUUGUUGCAACUGGGGAUAGAGGUGGUAAUUUAGCUGCAGACUGGUUGCUAUCUCACAUAAAUGACCCCAAUCUGGAUUUUGAUAUGCCCAGGGAGUUUGUGUUGUACUUGUGUCCAACAGGUGACCUGGCCACAGAUCUUGACCAUUACUGGAAAAACACAUUAGCACAGUGUGGAUGGAAUGGGGCACACAACUUUUUACCACACAUUACGCUCUGUCCAUUCUUCAAGGCAAAAGAUUCUCAAGUGCCUCACAUCCUGCGUGCAGUAGAAAAACAAAGGGAGAAAAGGUAUCCAACACGGGUUGAUCUCAAUCACUUCACUGCUCCAAACUUCAUAGGGUUGUUUGUGGGGGAGAAGUGUGCAGCAGUUCUCAGGAAUCUCGUGGCAGAAUUUGCAGAAGAUGUUCACAAAUCAGGUGUUCAGAUGGAGGCCCACCAAAAACAGCUUCACGUCACCCUUGCUUACCAGUAUUCCCCUGAACAACAUGCACUCCUGGAGAAACUGUCCAAGAACAUCAAACUGGACACGCCCACUCGCUGGGACCUCCGACUUUAUUCCAGGGAUGCUAGAGCUCAUGGGACAGAGGUACGCCGUGUACUAUAUGCCUACCAAGCACGACAAGAUGAUGAGCUGGAUCUGAUUCUUGGUGACUUCAUCUACAUGAGUCCACUAGAUACAGGAGACCCUGAGUGGAGACAGGGAGUGUCAUGGCUGACUGGUUGUAGUGGAAAAUUUCCUCUCAAUCAUACCAGCAGAUCCCCAGAAUCGAAGACAUGGACACUGCAUAAGUCUGUAGAAGUUAUAUCAAAGCAGCAACCAACGUCAGCCUCUGGUGAGCACCAUGUGGUAGCUGAGGGUUCUAAAGAUGUUCUCUAUGCUAAGGUUCAGAAGCAUCCACCACCUCGUGUUUUGAUAGUUGUUCGUCAUGGAGAGAGAAUGGACCAAAACUUUGGUUACAGUUGGAUGGAUGGGUGUUAUAAUGGAGGUGUGUAUGUCCGUAAAGACCUGAACAUGCCUAAAACUAUUCCAGUACGGAAAGGUGGCCCCAUGGAUUACCAGAAAGAUUGCCCACUGACAGUGAUAGGGACAGUGCAAGCUAAAAUGACAGGUGAGGCUUUGAAGGAACAAGGAGUAACAUUCUCACAUGUAUAUGCAUCGCCUUCCUUCAGAUGUGUUCAGACUGCACACUACCUGUUAAAAGGUGUUCAGAUGGAGGCCCACCAAAAACAGCUUCACGUCACCCUUGCUUACCAGUAUUCCCCUGAACAGCAUGCACUCCUGGAGAAACUGUCCAAGAGCAUCAAACUGGACACGCCCACUCGCUGGGACCUCCGACUUUAUUCCAGGGAUGCUAGAGCUCAUGGGACAGAGGUACGUCGUGUACUAUAUGCCUACCAAGCACGACAAGAUGAUGAGUUGGAUCUGAUUCUUGGUGACUUCAUCUACAUGAGUCCACUAGAUACAGGAGACCCUGAGUGGAGACAGGGAGUGUCAUGGCUGACUGGUUGUAGUGGAAAAUUUCCUCUCAAUCACACCAGCAGAUCCCCAGAAUCGAAGACAUGGACACUGCAUAAGUCUGUAGAAGUAAUAUCAAAGCAGCAACCAACAUCAGCCUCUGGUGAGCACCAUGUGGUAGCUGAGGGUUCUAAAGAUGUUCUCUAUGCUAAGGUUCAGAAGCAUCCACCACCUCGUGUUUUGAUAGUUGUUCGUCAUGGAGAGAGAAUGGACCAAAACUUUGGUUACAGUUGGAUGGAUGGGUGUUAUAAUGGAGGUGUGUAUGUCCGUAAAGACCUGAACAUGCCUAAAACUAUUCCAGUACGGAAAGGUGGCCCCAUGGAUUACCAAAAAGAUUGCCCACUGACAGUGAUAGGGACAGUGCAAGCUAAAAUGACAGGUGAGGCUUUGAAGGAACAAGGAGUAACAUUCUCACAUGUAUAUGCAUCGCCUUCCUUCAGAUGUGUUCAGACUGCACACUACCUGUUAAAAGGUUUAGGGCAGGACUGUGUCAUCAGAGUAGAAGAUGGUCUGUUUGAGUGGUGUGGCUGGUACAAACCAGGGAUGCCUGUGUGGUUUACUCCAGCUGAAUUACGGCAGAAUGGGUACAAUGUAGACUCCCAAUAUAGCCCCCAUUAUCCAGCCAAAAAAUUGACUCCAGAUGAGAGCAUAGAUGACUACUACCAGAGGUGCUACCAUGUUACCAAGACCAUGCUAAAAAGUCAUGAAAAAGAAGGUGGUAAUAUAUUAAUUGUGGGUCAUGCAGGGACAGCUGAAGUGUGUACUCGCCAGCUGACAGGGCACUACCCACGCCCUAAGAAGGCCUUCCUAGCCAUUGCCAAGCAGAUGCCCUUCUGCGGCAUAUGCUUCUGUGAAGAAACUCUGCAGGGGAAAUUUCGAAAGUGGUGCAUUCAGGAGCCCCCUGUCCCCAUUCUCAGGCAUGGACACAAUAUUGAGUAUAACUGGAAGAUGUUGUUAUGAUAAAAGGGAAAUACAAGCCAAACAAAGGUCUAAGACUGGUCAUCUGGUCAUAAAUCACAUGUAGAAACAGUUAAAGAGUUCUAAAUAUUCAUGCACUUGUAGCUAACUAGUAAUCAGGGACAUUUGCAUUGGUCAACCUCUCAUAUAUAUAUAUAUAUAUAUAUAUAUAUAUAUAUAUAUAUAUACUAUGGUCUGACUGUGUUGGUUAUACUGACUGUAUUGCUUGGACAACCCAUUUUUAUUGUAUUUACAGUUAGAACUCGCACAUAUUUUGUGACAAGAUGUAUUUUUGGCAUAUGUUUUGCCUUUGUUGAAAGUAUGUAGUACAUGUAGGUAGUAUAUUGUGGCUGUGCCAUGAAUUAAGGAUCUUUACUUUUGCAGCUGCUGGUUUGUUUCAGCUUGCAUUCUCUAAAAGCUUAUGUUUUAUUCAGUUGCACCGAUUCUAAUAAUGAAAAAAUUAAGAAUUUACUGCUUAAAUAUCCUUUUCAAAGUUACACAAGUGUGUAGGUUAAAAAAAGCAUCAGAGUCCCAUUCUGUCAUUUCUGACAAUUAGUUUAUUCAAUAUGCUAACAUCGAAAUACUCAAGUAAACUGACCUCAGUAAAAAUACAUAGCUAUGUAUAAGUUUAUUUACAUAGCUAUAGAUAAGUUGAAUAAAGGUAUCACAAUAUUUGAGUAAAAUUUUAUGUUGUUACUUUCUAUAUUUUUGAGUUAAAAACCUCGCCAACUAGGGAAAAUUUGCUUCCCAAUCCUGCAUUAAAGAGAUAUUAAAUUACAAUAUAUAGUAUUGGAUUUUCCUGUGUACUGCAAACAUGAGUAAGUUGAAGGGUAUGUGCAUGUGGAUUUAAUUCAAAUGUCACAUAAGUAAAUGGAUCAUUAUCAGGCUUUGGAUAAUAAUGAAAAGAAAUUCCCCAAAGAAAAAAUAAGACAAAAUAUCAUGCAUCCUGACAAGUGUCACUGAAAAAAUAUAUGCAUAACACCCCUACUGUAUUGAAAUCUGAUAUAAGCUUCAAAAGUAUGGAACGUCAAUAAAAACAACGGAAAAAGCCUGGAAGAGACUUUUUUUUAAAUUUUUUGAGAAGAUUAACAAAAAAGUUGUUCUUUGUUGAACUAGAUAUUCUGCAAUCAGAACCAUCUGAAGUCUGUAAAAUGUAAAGCUUCAGUUUCCAUUUUCUCAUUACGAACACACGAUUCACGUGCCCUGCUAAUUAAGUACUUUGAUCUCAUUUCAACCCUACUCUUUUAUACUGCAGGAUGGUAAACUGACAGAACUAAACGUCUCAGUGAUGUUCUGGAUGAGGCAUAUGUGUGUAGGGUGGAAGAUUAUCAUUAAUGAAAACAUCAGUAUCCUAAAUGUAGUGAGAACACACUGAAAAUUAAAAAAAA